CUUUUCUCGCGUAACGGUACCCAUCUGCUGUCAACGCGGAUUUUGGACAAAACCUGCGCAGCAUUCUCAGACCUUGAAGAAAAUGUUAGCGACGACAUCAGUUCCCAUCCAUUCCCGAAAUAAAAACGAGUAUUUGUAGACUUUCUGUCUGUGGUUGCAUCAAGUUUGGACGGAGGGAUGCCAGUGGAGAGCGGGAGUAGCGCUGCUGCCCGCCAGGCCAAGCAGAAGAGGAAGUCCCACAGCCUGUCCAUCCGCAGGACCAACAGCACCGAGCAGGACCGCUCCGGCCUGCAGAGAGACAUGCUGGAGGGACAGUCCUCUGAUAAUCUGGAAUCCUUCAUGAGAAUGGAGGACUCCAAGCUGCCUCUGUCUCUGAGGAGCAAUCUGCUGGACCUGUUCAGUCAGAUCGAGAGGGAGUUUGAAAACCUCUACAUAGAAAACCUCGAAUUACGCAGAGAGAUUGAAACACUGAAUGAUCGCUUGGCUGCAGAGGGACAAACAUUUGAAGGGGCGGAUUUAGCAAAAGGAGCACUUAAAACAAAAGCGAGCCACAGCACCAGCCAGCUCUCUCAAAAGCUGAAGACGACCUACAAGGCCUCAACGAGCAAGCCGCGUUCAAAUUCUUGCCAUGCCAGAGUAGGUGGAUCCCGCAACUUCAGCGUAACCAGCUGGGAGUUGUGGGGUGGAGACUCAUGGAUUGUGUCCAGUUUCAAAGCGACCACGUCCAGAGCGGUGUGCCAGCUGGUCAAAGAGUAUGUGGGUCACAGGGACGGCAUCUGGGACCUCAGCGUCACCAGGACCCAACCUGUGGUGCUCGGGACAGCGUCUGCAGACCACUCUGCUAUGCUGUGGAGCAUUGAGACGGGAAAGUGCCUCCUCAAAUAUAUGGGUCAUCAAGGAUCAGUGAACUCCAUCAAGUUUCACCCCACUGAACAGAUGGCUCUAACAGCAUCUGGAGAUCAGACAGCUCACAUCUGGAGAUACAUGGUGCAGCUGCCGACUCCACAGCCUGUUGCUGAUAUCAGCCAGCAGACACCCUGUGAAGACGACGUGGACUUCUCAGACAAAGAUGAGGCCGACGGCGAGGCGGAGGGGCCGAACGACUGCCCUUCCAUCCGUGUGGCGACUACGACUCUCCGCAGCCAUCAGGGUGUGGUGAUCGCUGCUGAUUGGCUGGUCGGGGGCAAACAGGUUGUGACGGCUUCCUGGGACCGAGCCGCCAAUCUGUACGAUGUGGAGACGUCAGAGCUGGUCCACUCACUCACUGGGCACGACCAGGAGCUGACCCACUGCUGCACACACCCCACCCAGCGUCUGGUAGUCACCUCGUCCAGGGACACCACCUUCAGGCUGUGGGACUUCAGAGACCCGUCCAUCCACUCUGUCAAUGUGUUCCAGGGGCACACUGACACGGUGACGUCAGCAGUGUUCACAGUGGGAGAUAACGUGGUGUCUGGGAGCGACGAUCGAACCGUCAAAGUGUGGGACCUGAAGAACAUGAGGUCGCCCAUAGCAACCAUCCGCACAGACUCUGCAGUCAACAGGAUCAGCGUGUCGGUGAACCAGAAAAUCAUCGCUCUUCCUCAUGACAAUCGGCAGGUCCGGCUGUUUGACAUGUCCGGGGUGCGACUGGCUCGACUCCCACGAAGCAACAGACAGGGUCACCGGCGCAUGGUGUGCUGCUCCGCCUGGUGUGAAGACAACACCACCUGCAACCUGUUCACCUGUGGCUUUGAUCGGCAAGCCAUCGGCUGGAACAUAAACAUCCCCGCUCUGCUGCAGGAGAAAUGACCUCCUCCUACUGUCACCUUACAGGGAAAUGCCACCAAAAGUCUGUUUGGAGUAUCAAACACUGAAACCUUUGAGUGGGGUUAAAAGGCGGCUGGAGAAAACUUUUGUCUCGUACCUUUGUGUCGAUGAAAUGUUGUCUCAUGUUGUAAUGUACAGGAUGAAAUUCCUGUCGUUUCCAGCAGCCGUCUUUUGAGCCCACGGGGGGGGUCGGUAUUUGUACUCGAUGUCCUUUGAGCUCUGUUCUCCUCCUUUGUUUGGGGUAAAGCAGAAAAAGGCCUUGCACUUGCUGUCUACUCCAUCUGUCACGCUCACUAAAUCACCGCUGCCAAAAUAUACAAAACACAUUUGUGGUCUUUGCGUGGAAGUGAUUUAACAUCUGGAAAAGAGAAAAAAAAUCCUGUGUAUCUCUAAUGAAAAAAGCAGAGACGCAAUUCACGAGCUUCUUCUUUGCCGCGAACAACAACGCAUUCUGUUAAUGCUAAAUCAGAUCUGUGACGUGCUGACGUUUCUGCUUGAUGCUGAUUUAAAAUGCAAUACUGGAAAUCUAAUCUGUGCCACUAACAGCAGAUUCAUGCUGGACAAAGACGGCGGUCUGCUGCUUUAAAGGAAAAAUCCACUCGUUUUAUAUCAUUAGUUUUUCCUGUUUAAUACACUGCAAGAGUUACAUCAGUGAAAACUUAUUUGUGAAAACUUGUUGUUUACUUUCUGCGUCACGUACAUUUCCUAGGUUAUGAUGCAACGUGGCAGUGGAAGCCCUCACUGCUGGAAUGCUUGAGUCUCAUGUUCUGCACUGGGAUCUAACAAAACGUUUAUUUUCAGUAUUCAGUAUUAUAUUUGACUUUUUUCUUUUUUCUUGGAAACUGAAAUAAGUUUCCGAACAUCUUGUUUGGCUCCUGGCUCUGCCUGUAACUCGCAUAAUAAAUGAAAACCAAUAGUUAUGAGAGUGUAACUGAGGACCAGUAAGCUACAUACAGGCUGUAAAAUGCGAGGGCUCGGUGUGAGCCUGCCAACGUUCAUCCAGUGGCCGCUUGUUGGUGAGCUAUCAUGAAACUUUAGCAAGUAGCUAACAAUUUUACAAGAGUAACUGGUACUGCAGCAAAACAUUACACUACUCCACAUAACCAACUGCAGUUGUCUGUUUGAACUAUAGACUGUAUAUAAAAGAUGCAUGUAGCCACUGUGAUGCCACUCAUUGGUUUUAGAUAUAGUCUGAAGCCUCGGUAUUAGCGACGGUUGCUCGGAGCCACCGUGUUGGUAUCCAAAAGGCAUCAACAUGGUAUUGAUGUCCAGUACAGUGACCUGUGUUGCAAUACCUGUCAGAUAAAGUGGCCACACCUCCAAUUUUGAAGCUAACAGUAAGCAAAUGGAUGAAUAUAGGAAAAAAAAAUCUGUGUAGAGUUGUUAUGGGGGAGGAAACUAUCUACAGAGGCUAAAAGCGUUUUUCAUGCCACGCUAUAAACAGGCUCUUUAAUGCGGUAAAGUUGGGCAUUUUAACAUGGCGCUCUUUGUAAAUUCACUCACUUCUGGAGCCAGCCUCAAGUGGACAGUAGUGGAACUGCAGUUUUGAGCACGUCUUCAGUUUUUAGCUCUAAAAGUUGCUACUUAUUGUUUAUGGAUAUUAAUGUUAGCUACUUGCUACUAGCUAACGUUGCAUGCUAAAUAAUGUAGACUCUUCAGUUAAACCAUGUUGGGUUUAUUAUUAAUCCUCAGUACAUAACCCCUGACUGCUCGUUGCUGUCAUCUACUGCAAAACUUAGCAUUGAGUCUUGCAGUGAGUCAUGUGCAGGUGUGUUACCAGACUACACUGAUCUAUGACGCAGUAAAGCAUCCACUGGCCUUGUUUGCGUUUCAGAGCCACUUUUGAUGUGUUGGUCCUAUGGAUGUUUAGGACAUUUGUACUACUGUUGUUUUGUUUGUUCAUUUCACAUCACUGUUUGGUUUUUGCCAAGGCUAACAUGGGUCGGCAUGGCAAUGACUCUUUGGCAUCCUGCAUUAUUCAUCUUUUUUCUCUGUUUCCUUGUUCUCCACCUGGCUUCCAGUAGGUCACUGGUUCUUCUUGUCUUUUUCAUAGUUUAACCCAUUCAAGAAUUCUCUAAAUUUAAGUAGCUGGUAUUUGACCCUGAAACAAGUCCCACAUUGACAGACCGGCAAACCAUCACCCUAAAACUGCCCGAUUGGUCCUGUGGUGGAAAGUUUUUUUGGUGUGAUGAUGUCACAGCUAUGUCAAAGCAAGAUAAACAAGUGAUGCACUUUUAAAAAGUAUCUGUUACAGUUUUUCUUUUUGCUGCUGUUGUUGGAAAUAAAUGUUUUUCUGGUAACUUUUGGCUGUUGGUCAGCUGACAUGGUGGCACAUAACCUGAAGGACUUUAAUGGUCAGGGUGGUGGUUUUGAAAAAGGGUAAUAUCUCGUGCUGGCAGCACAGGGGUUUGUCUCACUCCACUUUGUGCGGCUCUGUUUGUGCUGCAAUGUUCAGGACGAACCUUUCCUCGCUAGAAUUUUAAUUAGAGACUCACUUUUGUUUGAAGCCAGUCGGUGUUAAACAGCAAAAUCAGGAUUUGCUCAGAUAGAAAUGAAGAUUUCAUGUUUUUUUUCCUGUGUGUUUAUCCCAGAUCCAGGAAUCCAACAGGCAUGCACUUUUUUUUCUGCAGUGCAGACGUCGGAUAAAGGAAAAAAACAUCCACUUUAAAUGAGCAUCAAAGAAGUGUCGUCAAACGUAGAGAUCGAUCUGUUGAAAUGUCCCCUUGUCUGCUCAGUCCAGCUGUUGUACCAAUGCCUGACAUGAUUGUAAAACCUUUUUGUAGUUUAUCGCAGUGCCCUUUAGUGAAUAGUGUUGAAACGAUAUCGUGGGGAUUCUCUUGUGCGUCACAUUUUUUUUUUUUAAUGGUACUUCAAAACAAGUGAGCACUGUUGCGAUGUGUUUACUGUUACUGGCUUCGCUUUCCCACUGCCACUAAAAGACUCAGCCAAAGCUGCAUUUGAGGGAAUGGGAGACUCUGUAGUGUGUGUGUGUGUGUGUGUGUGUGUGUGUGUGUGUGUGUGUUCCACUCGUGAGUUACAGCAGUGACACAGUAAACAAGCACAAUUCAUGUAAAACUUAAGUUUAUAUUUGUGGAGCGUUCACUGGUUUGUAGAAAGCACACUGAUAUGAUUAACAUUUUAUCUCUUCAGUGGGAACAAAAUACCUUUUUAUUUGUUUGUUUGUGAGUAAACAUGGUCGAGCUUUACUGCCGCCUUUUGCAACCCUGAAUAUUUACUUUCCAGCAGAACUGUUUGUUGAAUAACUUUGAUGUUAGAAGGUGUGAAAGGAUCAUUAGUCUGAAUAAAGUGAAAAAAGCACAGAGGUCUGAACUUCAGUGUUAGUUAAAGUUUAGGGAAGCCUGCCACAGAGGCUGGAACAGUUUGAAAUAUCAGGCUGCAAACAUGUUUGUUCCUGCUUGGUUGGACAUCGUGAGACCAUUUUUGAAUCUUCUUUUUUGUGUGUCUGUGUGCAAAAUGUUGAACUCCUCUUACUUUAACAUUUGUGUCACAGACUGUGAUAUAUUAAGAAAGGUUGGCUGUACGUGGCUGCAACAUGUUUCUUCUUUUUUAUAACAUGAUGACACGUUGUUACCACUUCUCUGGUGUAACCAGUUUUGUUGCUUGAUAGUGAUUUUUUUCUUUCUUUUUUUCAUUCACAUUCACAGAAUUCAUUUUGUCACUUAUGCCAGGGAAGACGCAGGCAGAGGUUUUUUUUUUUUAAAUGGGCAAUACAUUUUUUGUGGUAUCUUUAAAAUUGUUUGCACAGACAGGAUUUCCUUCCAGUAUCAGCAUUACUCAUAUUUAUUUUGUAUUAAACUGCAUAUGUUGUUAUUGUCAGAGCUUUUGCUAACUUACGAGAACACAAAGAACUUCAGAGAUCAGUGAAAUCUAAAUAAAUGUGCUAGGAGUAGGAGGUUGAUAGGAAAUCUCAAAAUUGUAUCAGGAAAAAAUGAAAACUGAUUCAGAAAAUGACGAGCAGCGCUCUCAGGCUGUUGUGCAGGGCUCUGUGCUCUGAUGUUGAAGAUAAAGUGACGCCACACAAGAGACUGAUUAAAUGAAGUAGAUGAAUAAUCUGUAGUAAAUACUGACGCGUUGUAUUCUUAUCUCGCAUGUAUAUGCAGAGGUGGUCAUUAUCUGCAUAAUCUUUAAAGUUGGGACUCUAAUCUGUUCCUCCGGCCGUCAUCCCUGGUUUAAAUGACAGAACGCUUGUGUGUGUGUGUGUGUGUUUUUCCUUGUUGACUUUUUCACUGCACUUGACUGCUCUUUCCACCAACACUGAGCCACUUUGUUACCACCUUCACAACUCACCAGUUUUAACUGAACGUUAAGUUUCAUCUUUCACGCCAUCAGAAAAAUCCGAUCACUGAGCAUCGGCCGUCAUUAAGCUGCCAUCCUGAACCCUCGUCAGACUGUGGUCUCCUGGUGUUUAAACUGUGUUUUGUGUGGUCGAUGUAAAACAAAAACACAACAGCUCACAGUUCUCCAAAAAAAAAAGAAAGACAAGGAAAAUAUGUUACUGAGUUUUGUGGAUUAUAGCUGUGUAACGAGGAACAAGCAGUCGCUUGUGAAACAAAAAUAAAACAUUUGUGCUGUUUGAA